AUGAAGGCGACGAGUCCAAUUGCACUUCUUGUGGCGACAUUUAUCGCUUUGUCGACCUCCACGCGAGCCUCAGCGGCAGUAAGCACAGUAGCGCCAGCCCAGGCCUCGACACAGCAGCAAGAACAGCAACAACAAUACACGAAUACCGAUGGGUCUACUGCUAUAGGAUUCUAUGACGAAGACGGAACGCCGGUUGUCGCAGAAACAACCUCAAACUACAGCAGUAGUGUGCCCACUUUCGGAGACAUCACCUCCAAACCCGGCGAGUGUGUUACCGGCAACCCCAACGAGUACAUUACUGCUGAGGCUUUGACGUGGGUUUGGGAGAACCGCAUCGGACCGAAGGCGGAUUUGUCGGACACCGCCAAUUGGAACGUCAUGGCCAGCAAGAACUGGCUCAUGGAUCACAUUGUGCACAACAAUGGCUCAAUGAACUACUGUGUCCGCUGGGACAGCGAUGCCAAACUGUCCAAAUCUGCGGCGUCGAAGUUCCAGGGCCUGCUGGAACGUCACUACAACGAGUGGAACAAGUGGUUAGUUGGCUACAACUGCUGGCCGUUUGAGGAGGUCAAGAUCAAUGUGGUGAGUUUUGCUGCGAAGGACGUGUCUCAGUUCGAAUGGACGGACGAUUCUCUAGGCAAAAUCUACGAAGGAAUUAUUGAUCCCUCGGAAAAAGCGCCCAAAUGCCCAGAUGAGUGCCACCGAUACUACGACAACGGGAACAACAUGUGGUCAGACACGAGUGCUUGUGAAGGGGAGCCGUUCGACGUUUCAUUCCGGCUCAAUCAAGAUCUAGACUUCGGCUACGCUUUCGGAUUCGACUGGGGUGAGGAAGUAAGUUCGAAGGAAAUAUUGCAAACCCUUCAAAACAAGAACAUCCUGGUGGUGGGACACGAAAUCGGACAUGGAUUCGGGCACCCGGAUUUCUACACCGCGAAGCAAAAGCCGAAGAAUUUCCCUCCGUCCAUCAUGAUGGGGUCUAGCUCUGUUACAAUUACACCUAGUGAUGGCUGGAUGUUACGCCGCAUCCUUGAGCACCUAAAGCCUCGUUACAACUUCUAAGGUUUGCCUUUCGGAAGAUAUGGUUAGUUUUUCUAUCUACCCAAACUGUCAGAGCUCGCGUUCGGUACAAGCUUUUUUUUUUUCGUUCGUUAAUACAAAUAGAUGUUCCUCUUUCAUGC